AUAUCAGACAUUCAUAUUAGCAAAUUCCGUGAUCCAACUCGGCAAAAAGAUUUAAAAGUUUUCUGUGAUAAACAUAUUGAUAUUCUACAACCUGUAGCAGUGCUUGUCACAGGUAAGCUUGAAUUAUGCAUUACAUGUCACACCUGCAGAUAAUAGUUUUGUAUACAUGUAUAUAUAGACAUUACGUCAGCUCUGAUAUUACGUCAGCUCCAAAUUUCAUAUGGAAGCAGGCGAAAGUAUUUCAGUGUAAUUUCAGAAUUUAUUUUACUCCUUUUCGUUGAAACCGUAUAUUAUUAAAUAAAAUUAAUAUAUCGGCUAGUUUAUGAGUGAAAUCAUUCAACGACUCUUUCGACUUAACGUUUUGCGCAAAAUACCAAAGAUCCUUCGCCAAGGAUAGUCAGUGACUGAGCUACACCAGUCACUCAGUCAGUCAUCAGUCAUGUCUAAUAAGAAAUGUUAGUUAGAAUUACGAAACGGAUCGGAGCAAGUAAUUAAACUUUAUAGUAACUUCAAAUCGUUCAACAACUUAAUUUUUCCAUUACCAAAAGUUCAUUGAAAUAAGAAAUAAUUUUUCAUGAUUUUGUCUGCCGGAGUUUUCCAACUCCGCCAAGAUAUGCCGGAGCUCCGCCAAGAUAUGCCGGAGCUCCGCCAAGAUAUGCCGGAGCUCCGCCAAGAUAUGCCGGAGCUCCGCCAAGAUAUGCCGGAGCUCCGCCAAAAUAUACCGAAGCUCCGCCAAGAUAUGCCGGAGCUCCGCCAAGAUAUGCCGGAGCUCCGCCAAGAUAUGCCGGAGCUCCGCCAAGAUAUGCCGAAGCUCCGCCAAGAUAUGCCGGAGCUCCGCCAAGAUAUGCCGGAGCUCCGCCAAGAUAUGCCGAAGCUUCGCCAAGAUAUGCCGGAGCUCCGCCAAGAUAUGCCGGAGCUCCGCCAAGAUAUGCCGGAGCUCUGCCACUCCAGCUCCGGCGCACAUGCAGCUCUAAAAUAGAGCCAUAAAUUGUACAUGGCGAGAUUUGCCUCGUUAACUGAAAGCGAUUUACAAAAACUACUAAACAGAAAAGAAGCAGAAGCCACUAAACGAGCUACAAAUAUAGCAUUAACCCCUUGAGUGGCAGCACUUACUCCAAUUGACGAGUACUGAAAAUCAUCUGCCAUUAGACAGAGUAAAAUAAUAAAAUAGGGCGCAUAUAUACAGGGUGUAUCAAAAUAAACGCAAUUCAUCUUUUGUGCUUAAUAACUUUCGAAAUACUAUUUCUAGUUAAACGCUUUUAGGCUUACUUCAAAGCCUGUUCUUUUCUCUUUCACACAAACUAUUAUUCUUGUCUCCAAUGCUAGUAAUAAUUGCACAGGAAAAGAUUUAGUAAAACCUAUCAUUUUUAGUUGCUGUUUAAUUAUGCAAGUUUACUAUGUUAUUGUUUAGUCUGUUUAAAUGUUAGAAUUUUCUUCUUUAAACUUUAAUGUUGUCGUCACUACAUCUGGAAAACCACGUAAGAACAAAUUAAAAGUAUUUUAAAAGAGACCAGGUUGUUUGAAAAUCCUAAACGAAUGCUAAAAUCGUCAAAACAUUCUGGUGUCUGAGCCAGAGUGUCAUCGAAUUACGAUGUAAUGUAAACAGAAAUUAUAGCAAGUUGAUGUCAGUCAGCUUAGAUGGUCCAAGCCAAAAUUAUAUCGCAUUUGAAGUUUCAAACUGAGUUAAAAAUAGUGGAAGAAAAGCCGUAAUUAUACUUAUUGUUAAAAUCCAUUUAAUAAAAUGCAACAUUUUUUUGUUUUAAUGAAAAAAUCAGUUAUUUUCAUGAGAACGAUUUGUUAUUCCAUCUUAAUUUUUUUAAUCUCCAAUCGCAAUAACGUAAAGUAUUAUUACCCGCGAACCGAUGAGUCAAAUUUAAGAAACAACCCACUGUUAGAAAGCUGAAUGGCUACGCUUUAAAAUGAAUGUAAACUUUAACGUUUUCGUCUAUUAUUUGUUUAGCAAUUUACAUUUCAGUCGAGGAUUGCGCUUUUUUUGAUACACCCUGUAUAUGCAUCAUCGCCAAAAGAUAAGCGAGCUUAUCUAAACCAAAACAAUUUUGUUUUUCCUACAUACGCGUAAUCGAGAAUUAUCAAGAUAUAAAUUAUUAUAAAUUAGGCUAACUCGUCCAAUAGUUAUUAAUUGCCACAAUGCGGGACGGGACGACUUGCGCUUUAGAAAAAAAUUUUAAUCUGGGAAUAACAAAGGAUAUUUUCGGAAAGAAGUUAUCAAAAUUAGAAAAACUGCAAAGUUUGGUUGCGAAAUGUUGUAAAAUACGGAAAAUAUAGCCCUGCGAAGUUGGCGAACUUGUAUACAUUUCUAUUACGUGCGAAAAUUGGUAACUAAUUUAGUUACCAAUUCACGCACGUAAUACAAAAGUAUACAAAUUUGCCAACUUUGAAGGGCUAUAUUUUCCGUAUUUUACAACAUUUCGCAACCAAACUUUGUAAUAUUACUAAUAGACGGCCGGCCAAGUCAUCAAUUUGUACAACUUGAUGGCAACUUUAUGUUAGAAGCUGGUAACAGGCAUUUUCUUGUAGUUUAAGCCUUGGUGAACAAGACUGUGUGUGUUACCACUUCUGAUUUUUGCUUUAUAGCCAAAAAUUUGAGAAUUUUAAAAUUUUGCCUAUUAAAUUACUAUGAUCGGAAAAAAUGUAAAAUUUCAUGUUCUCUUAUACGAAAUAUAAACUAUACCACUAGAAAGAGCGUAAAAAACUGUAUAUAAGACAAUUAAGUGAGUUCUACGUUUUUCCAAUCCUAUUUCGAGUUUUUAAUGUUAAUGCUAAUUAGUACCCAUUUUGCCAACUUUAACCAUCUUUAAUUCAAAAUCGGCUUGAAAAUCGCACUAGUCGCUUAAGUUGUCUUAUAUAUAGUUUUUUACGCUCUUUCUAGUGGUAUAGUUUAUUUUUCGUAUAAGAGAACACGAAAUUUUACAUUUUUUCCGAUCAUAGUAAUUUAAUAGGCAAAAUUUAAAAAUUCUCAAAUUUUUGGCUAUAAAGCAAAAAUCAGAAGUGGUAACACACACAGUCUUAUUCACCAAGUCUUGAACUAUAAGAAAAUGCCUGUUACCAGCUUCUAACAUAAAGUUGCCAUCAAACUCUCUUUAGAGGCACUUUUUGCCACCUUGGCCGGCCGACUAUAACUCCAAGACGCUCUUUCUAGCUGUGGUGCUAGAUUUCGUUGUUCUUACUUAGGCCCCGUUUACACUAUACCAGAUUCGCUCGUCACGCGAUCAUCUUCUGCCGUUAAGGAGCAAUGGUUAGUAGCAAAUGCUUAUUGGUUUGACAGAAUUGGCUUGUUUAUUUGGGUCUCUGAGAUUAAAAAUCUUCACAGCCUUUCGAUACCUACAAAAUUUGACCCACUCCGAUAGAAAUCCGGUAUAGUGUAAACGGGGCCUUAGAUUAAAAUUUAGUCUAAAGCGCAAGUCGUCCAUUGACAUGCAGGAUUAUUGGGCCACAUGUUCGAUUGCUGCCAGAGGGCUAUAGUUGCAUUUUUCGCAACUGCUCCUGGUAAUGGUCAAUAUAUAAAAAUUCACACUUGGGAUUUCCAUCUAGAAAAGCCUUGAAGAUAAUACUCUAUCUACUCGCAUUCAUGCACACUUUGCAGGUGAUAUCGUUGAUGCAAAAGAUAGAUUUCAAAUCGGUUCAGAGCAGUAUGUCGAAGAAUGGGAAAUUUAUCAAAAAAUUUUGAAGGAGUCGGCAGUUGGAAAGAAAACUCAAUGGCUCGACGUGAGAGGAAAUCAUGGUAUGAGGAAAUCACGUAGUGAAAAUCUUGUCAACUAUACACUGCCACGUAAAUGUUGUUACAGAUCUGCAGUCUGUUGGCCUCAUCAAUUUUGUUAACAACGUACUAUUCCAGACUCAUCAACAACUGGGAACAAGCAUUGCGAACACAACCUGUGAGAUUUUACGCGUGUAGAUGUGUCAGCAACAGGCUUGUAACAAGCUUGUCAGCAACUUGUAACAAUGUUGUUACUUUGCCAAGUUGCUACAAAGUUGUUGACAAAUUGUUGAAUUGCACGACGAUAGCAGUGGAAAAACAUGGCAAAAUAAUACGAAUACGUAAACAGAGUUCGUCCAAAACUUGAUUAAAAGUCCUUGUAUAAUUUGAAAACAAAAAUUCAAGGUCUUGAUUGUCCUUGAAUUUGUAAAGGAAUACUUGAAUGUCCUUAAACUUUUCUUGUUUUAGUUUUUGGAUAUUUUCUGAAAUUGUUUGACAUUCAAAACGGACAUUUUGUUGAAUAUUUCCCCCAUACACCUUACAUUGACUUCACUUCAGUAUAUAUACAUGAACGUGCGGUUAGAGCUCAACCACUGGCAUCUGUACCUCAGUUUGUUAGAGCGCUGCAUCGGAAUUGCAGAGCCGCAGGCAAUUCGAUUCCUGCCGGAGGACCUACAAUCCUGGCAAAAAUUAUGUGGACACCUAACUUUUCUAACGCCAAUAUUAACAUCGAGACGUUCUUUCAUGAAAUUUGUCGCCCGCUACCCCCUAUUCAAUGUUGUUUCGCGCAUUUAAAUUUGAAAAGUUUCAUUUACCAACAUUGAAUUGGGGGAAGGAGGGGGAGAAAUUUUCUGGGGAUUAAUUCUGUAGAAAUACAUCUAUUUUUGUUUGACGCACGCGGUGUCCACAAUAAUUUUUGCCAGGAUUGUAGCAUUUCGUAACUGUUCCUGGUUAAGACUAAUAAAUGUAUAGGAUUUACACUCGAAAAAGCAUAAUUCACGUCUAACCAUAUAGAAAAAAUAAGUUGAACAAAAUUGUUCGCCUACUGAGAUUAAAUUUCUUUUGUUCCUAGAUAACUUUGAUGUGCCAUCAUUUGACAGUGAACAAAACAUGUUUAGGUAUUAUAGAUACAUAUAUUCUUUGUCAUCUUCCUCAACAUUCUUGGAACAUUAUAAGGGGGGAGGAUUUUCCUUGCAAGAAAUUCGGAGCUUUGUCGAACACUUUUUACAGCAGAAGCAUAGUUGCAGGAAUUUUCCCCCUAAAUGCUUCACAUGAACAAAAACAACAACAACAACAACAAUUUAAUUUAAUUUGUACCACAUAUAAUAAAUUGCAAACAAUUAUAGAUAUUAAAAUAAAAGAUACUGACACCUGUUGUUUAAAUAACCAGAUUGGCUAACAGAAUAGACAACCGUUGUUACGUUUUACUCAUUAGAUAUGUAGUUUUUUACUUGGGUUGCAACAAACAAAAGAUUUCGAGUUAAUAAUUAAUAUCAAUCAAUCGUAGUCAGACAUUCACGCGAUUAUAUGCCAGAGGAAAAAUAAUUACAAAAGAUAGGAGCUGGUAUUUAAUUCUCUAAGACUUCCUUGACGAAAAUUUUCUUAAAUUCUGAAAUUGGUAUUUUUUCAAAUUGUCACUAAGAAAAUUCCAGGUGUUUGGGCCCACAUACCUAAUAUCCAGGUGAUCUUGAUACGCAGAAAAGUACUGGCACUAGUUGUCAAAUAGAAAUCCAUUUUAUGAUUAAAACAACUGAAUAUCUCCUGUAAUAUACUUUAUUUCGAUUUCAUAUUUUUGUCAGAGCUAUAGUUCUCAUAACCAAACAUAAUUACAAAAUUUCAACUAGUUUCAUGAAGAAUAACGAAAGAUAUAAUUGAUUGAAUACAUCAAAAUGGAUUUCUAUUCGGACAACCAUUUCUGAGCGCUGAUUGGCUAAAAUACGAACACGAGAUCACCUGGAUUAAAGUGACCAUAAUUAAUUUUUGGCAACGAAUAUGAAUUCUAGCAGAAAGUCUUGUAUUGUGUUGUAUGAGUCUGAUUCACACUUAUACAGCUGUUUCAAUUAAGGUUGUCAACGUGCAAAGCGAAAAAGUCGAAUACGAGCGCGAAAGGCUGCUGGGAAUCGCUAAAAAAAUAAUAAAUUUAUUAGCGAUUCCCAGCAUUCUUUCACGCACGUAUUCGACUUUUCCGCUUUGCGCGUAGACAACCUUAAUUGAAACAGCUGUAUAUACGAAAAAUUGAUCGAACACAGGUGGUAGAAGAAAGUUAUGAAACUUGCGGUACUAAGAUAAAUCAAGUGAGAAAGUUUUGAUAGUCCAAGUGAUUUAAAAAGUGGACUAGUCGGGGCAUCAAAAUUAGGGAAAGUCAUAAUACGAAUAGCUUUCUUUUGUGAUAUGUUAUGCUAAAUUUCGUGUCUCGGUGAACAACCUUGCAUCAUUCACAUCUACUUCCGUGAAUAAUUGUUAAACAUCUUAUUUUGUAUUAAACGUCUCUUUUCAUAUCUAGGAAAUAUUCCAUGAGUGCCAUUCAUGCUGACCGGCGGGAUUCGAGAUCAUAUCAAGUCGUUUACGAAACUAAAUUUGGGAAAUAUUCAUUAAAUGGUGUUGACCCAGGGCUUGAUCCAGGACCAAAAAGACCGUUCAAUUUUUUCGGACAAUUCAACGAG